UGGCUUUUGCCUUGUCCCAUUUUGAUGCUUAGGAAUUAUUUUUUUCCCUGCACUAAUAUUUUGUGAGAAGCAUUAGAUUUUAUCAAGUGCAAGUCCAAGAUUGUACUGUGUUGUGUUGUCAAAUAUGAUUUUAUUCGCUACAAGUCCAAGAUCGAGAUGGGCAAACUACAUGACCAAAAUACGUUAUUGUAGAAUCCAAAACUAAUUUUUAAUCCAAUUCAGAACUCUUAAUUUGUGCUUUUAUUCUAGGGCUUUGCAAUUGGUUCAGCUGCUCUGGUGUCCCUGGCCCUCUUUGGUGCUUAUGUGAGCCGUGCUGGAAUCUUAACAGUUGAUGUAUUGUCUCCGAAAGUGUUCAUUGGUUUGCUUGUGGGAGCAAUGCUUCCUUACUGGUUCUCUGCCAUGACAAUGAAGAGCGUGGGAAGUGCAGCUCUGAAGAUGGUUGAGGAAGUGCGCAGGCAAUUCAAUACCAUCCCAGGUCUCAUGGAGGGCACUGCCAAGCCUGACUAUGCUACCUGUGUUAAGAUCUCCACUGAUGCUUCCAUCAAACAGAUGAUCCCACCUGGUGCCCUUGUCAUGCUCACACCCCUUAUUGUCGGUAUCCUUUUUGGUGUGGAGACUCUAUCUGGUGUCCUUGCCGGAUCCCUUGUUUCUGGUGUUCAGAUUGCUAUCUCAAAAGGUUUCUCUCUCUUCAAAUUUCAAAAGAACAACAGUUGAUAAUGGACCCACAUUGAACGAGAUGAUAACGUAAGUAAAAUAAGCUGUCCUCCACAUGCAUACAG